ACGGUUAAUACUAACAUUUUAUUUUUCUCUGUGUAUUCUAAUAUUAAGAAGAUAUCGACUUCCAAUUGCGAUAUCUUUUAAUUUACAUACUAAUAAAUAUAAAGAUAAGAAUACUGCAAUAAAAAAAUGACAUAACGUAACAUUCGACGUUGUACACCGAUAACAGUAAAGUAUUUCUUAUCUGUUUAUUCGUUGGUGUGUUGCAACUUGCAAGUGUUAUUAUUUCCCAAAACAAGUUCUGAUUGGCUCUUAACCAAACUUUGUACAAUCCCAAAUAACUCAUGGCUUAACCUGAGAGCAUAACUAUUGAUAAUCCGUAACAUUCGCGGUCAAUUAUUAUAAUCAAGCCAAGAAUUCCAAAGGGAGAUGCGACAAAAACGUUGCCUAAUAUUACUUACUAUUACAUGUUAAAACCCAUAAACGAUCAACACGCAGUCACACGAGAAGGCGACAAGUAGCGUUAAUUGACGAACCGAUUCAUAACCGGCGGUGAACUUUAUUUCGUUGCCAUUAAAUCACUUAACUGUCACUUGUGGAGUGAAUUGAAUGCAAAGUCGAUCUGCUUUUCCAUUGUCGACCAAUUUGUCUCAAUAAUAAAUAAAUUCAUCGAAAAAUGAGUCACAAAAAUCCAGAGGGGCUUUGUUGUGAAGGAUGGUUUUGUUUUUAAUUUGCAUGACAUCAUAGUCAGUGGCUGUAUUUUGAAAAUUUGAGCUUGUAAUGUUUCUAUUUAUUGCGUAACACUGCGGUUCUUAUCAAUCCUCGUUUACAAGUUAAUGAUCCCCUGUGUGGUUACUGUGAAUAACUUACUGGUUAUUGAUUCACAAUUAAACCCCUCAGAAGUGAACAAUCACACCACACCAGAAGAUAAUUCAUUUAUCAGCCGGUGUUGAAGAGCAAUGUUCAUUUAUCAAAGUACGACAUGUUAAACAUUUCUCAGAUGAGUGCUCUAUUUCUGUGUAACUGAUAAACGUUAUCGACAUGUAUUGUCAAUUGGCACUUAUCUUUGAUGCAUACCUCCUGCUGGCUGUAGGUCAUUCGGAAUGUUGCCAUUGUAUGUUCCGGUUGAGUGGUUGUGCGAUUGCAAACUCACGAUUUGGCAGCGAAACGGCGACCAGAUCUGUUGAAGAUUAUUUCUCAGCAAUUUAAUUUAGGGCAUAUAGUAGAGCAGUGAUUCUACAUAGACUUUGAAAAUACAAGCAUGGAAAAGUUGAUCAGGUUUGGAGCGCUUAUAAUGUCACCCAUUUCUCAAGAACAUUUCUCGUUGAAUUUUACGAAUUUUUAGCAUCAAUCGGUCAUAUAUUUUAUUACGAUUAGAGCCUUGGAAGAAAAAUAAUUAUAAUGGAUUUGUAGAGAUACACUAAGGACUGUACUAGAAAAAAACGGGUUUGCCAAAAUUUUCAGAUCUGCUUGAAACGGUGUAGCGAAUCUUUUUGGUCGCUUUUAUCCAUUCUUUCUUCAACUCCAAAUCGUUCUUAAACACCUUUGAUUAUUUUUGAACAUUGUCCUUCAAUUUGGCUUUCCACUGGACGAAUCUCUGAUGAAUUUUGUUGGUUGGCGGUUUUUGGUACAAAACCAACUUUAUUGUCCCUCUAGCAAUCCAACGUCGAUCGCGCGUAAUGGCAUGAUGCAGGGUCCGGCCAAAAUAAUGUCUCGCCUCCGUGGGACCGCAGGGUGAACAACAGACGCUUCUGAAGGCACUCGGUGCUAUAAAUUUCGCUGUUGAUGGUACCCGUUGUGGUGUACGGUUUACCGCAUCGGCAUAUGGCCUGCCAGAGGAAGUAUUUUUUUGGCGAAUUUUUCCACUUUCUUCUUUAUUAUGUCUUCCGGAACGUCAAACCGUGAUUUGGCAACGUAGAACUCCAGCGCCGUAUCUGCUUUGCGUCUGCCUUGAUGUAGGUUUCGUCAUCCAUAACCACACACAUCGGUUUCGGUAACCACUCUCGAUACAGCUUCCUUGCGCGGGAUUUGACCGCCGUGUUUUGUUGAUCACGCCGGUUCGGUGCCUUUCGGACCAAUACACGAAGCUCAGCUCGGUUUAUGGUUUGCUGAACGAACCAGGCGGAACACUUUGCCCCCAGAGCCGCGUUGCGUAUCGAAGGCUCGGAUUGCGCUGGGAAUAAUCCAACACCUUCCGGGCCUUGGCAGGGCCAGCUUCGAUUUUCUUCCAAUUCCAGCCCGCCGAUCGGUCGUCUGGGACUCCUUAAAGGGCUUUUCCCACUGCUUUCGUGCCGGGACCGGGCCGGGUCCGGGCCGUGGCUGUUCCGUGUGUCGUCCGUGCUUGUUUGAGAUUGAUUGCAUACGUUCUUACGAACGCAUUCACACCGACGCGCCGUGUCCAGACCGGGGCAGCGCUGAGUUGCCGUCAUGCUGCCGUCGUGCAAGAGAAAAACUAUCGUUGCCGACGAUACUUUGUGUUGGCCGGAGAGUGCACGGAAGGCACUCGGGUAGAUGCGUGUAUGUUUUAGUGACAUAUUUCGUGCGGAGUGAACUGCGGUAUAAAAAAAAGAGGAAGACGUUCUUCCACAUACACUCACCAACAUUUCUCAGCCAGAGCGCGGCGCAGGCACGGUUCAAACACGGCGCAGUGUGUAUGCAUGAAAAGUCCUGGAAAGGACACGGACACGGCUCGGAUCCGGCCCGGCCCCGGCCCGGAGCAAUGGGAAUAGCCCUUAAACCCGAAACACAGUUGUAUGGGUGAUUUCCAGUUGCCCCCCGAUCCGCCUCAUGAUCACAGUCGAGGGGCAAGACAACUUUUAUCCGAGUCAUUCUUAUGCUUGAGAAUAACUCUAAUUUACUUAGUUAUACUCCGCAAUUUCCAGAAAUAUAUGAACAGUGAGACCGAGCAAUAUUCAUUUUUUUAUUCGCGAUGGGGAAAAGGUUUAAGGAUGGAUAUUCAGAGACACGAGAGUUACUCAAAUUUGCUCUUUAAUUUUCAGGUUUGCUCAGAAAAACUCGAAUUUACUCACUGUCUUGCUCCUUGGUCUCAGUCGGAUUUGCCAUGACGGAGCGCAAAAUUCUCUGACGUUUUUUUUUCUUGUUUCGAUGACAUCUCAAUAACUACUGAACCGAUAGUUAUGAAAUUUUGCACACUCCAAACUACAGCUUUUUCAUCAAUUUUCACCCAUCAACAAAAAAGUUACAGACGGGCAAAAACGAUGCAUUUUUUCGAGUACGGCUCUAUGUGCAAACGUUGAUAAUAUCGGAGAAGAAUCUUCCGUCGAUUAGAACGUGGUUGGUUUUCUGUGCGUUGGUCGGUUGAUCUUAAGGUGAAUGUCUUUGCGGGAAAAGAAGGUGCAAUGUAUCCAUAUCGCCAAUGGCAAUUAUCACGCACCUUUUACGACAACCAUCGUAUACUUGUUCUAGCUGCGCGUAGAACGCUUCUUUUUCGUCGUUGGGUCUCGAAUUUGUGGGUACUGCACGUUUGAUAAUGCUGUAGUUGAAGAAACCGCUUUUAAUCCUCAGUUCACACACCACCCGACCACACGUUCUAUCUACCCAGUACUAAAAAACCGGUUCCCAGCUCGUUGGUAGUAUCACAGCUCCGGUGAAAGGUAGCCGCCUGAUGCUCGCUUUUCCACUCCUUUUGUCCUGUCUAGCAAAGUUCCUGCAGUACUACAAUUUCGAAGCUACGUGGUUUUAACUCGUCGUAGAUGAUCCUAUCGCAGCCCGGGAAGCAUAACGAUUUACCGUUCCAUGUUUCGAGUUUUCAAUUCAAAGUCCGUUUUCUUUGCCAUAGUCUUUGCCAAAUGUUCCGGUCCGGUUUGUUUUCUUUAAUCGUUCUUAACUUUUUAUUUUUAUAAGGCGGCUUGUUUGGUUGUUCCCAACCCCGAGUGGACCAUCAUGUCUGCUCUGUUUAGAGUCCCACACUGGCACCAGAACGUUGAUUAGCCGCUACUAUCGUUUGCAGUGAAAAAAUGGACAAAAAUUGCCGAUUUUUCAUGGGUUCUCCUACACACGCAUUGAGGAAACCACCUAUGCAGCAUCAAUCAUAGCAACCCAUGAGUUUACAGAAAAACUUGACAGCUCUAUCAGUUGAAAUCUAACCGUGAUGACGAAAAAAAUUUAGCUACACUGUUCAGAAGUAUGCGCGUCAUUCAAAGAACGGUACCCCGCCGCGCCAAAAACUAACAUCGUGCGGUUCUUUGUGGGCGCCGGAUACGCUCGUUCCAGCAUCUGCAACAUCUUGGCACUAUUGAACAACAAUCAGAGCAUCGAAAGAAAGCCCGGUUCAGGACGGCCAACGAUCUUGAGCGACAUAAAGCUUCAAAGGAUGCUGAAGAGGAAAACCGAGGUAAAAGCGGCUGCGUGCACUUGGCCUGGGGAGCUUGGUGAAUGCGACAAAACACUGAAAAAGUACCUGGCGAACAUGAAAAUACAUGUCAGGAAGCGGCAGUCUCGUCCACUGGUCUCGGAGAUGCAGGCAAUGACGCAGGGGCAGCGACUGAAUAAGAUGGUCAAGUCGAUUUCCCGGCGAAUCGCGACGAGGCGCUGGUGAUAGACGACGAGACCCAUCUCAUCUUGGAUGGUAACGACUGGCAGGGCACUUCGUAUAGUACUUACCCCACGAAGGAAGUGAGCUCCGAGGUGAAACUGGUUUUAUACAGCAAGUUCCCCAAAAAGGUUCUGCUGUGGCUGACAAUCAGCGAGAAGGGGAUGUCAAAACCGCUCCUCUUUCACUACGGGCUAUCCGUGAACGGGAAAAUUUAUAGUACGAAGUGCCUGCCAGAAGUUGCGUCGUUUAUCAAGAAAUACCAUAAAGGCGAACGCCGUAUUCUGUUUAAAUCUGGCGUCGGCCUACUACUCGAAACGGUCGUUGAAGGGAAUGGAGCGAGUGAUCGAUGUGGUAUCAAAUUCGACAAACGCACCCAACGUCCCCCAGCUGCGUCCCAUCGAGAAUUUUUGAACAAACCUGAAGCGUAAGAUCUACUCCAACAAUUUUGUCUCGAAAACUGAGGAAGAAUCAAUAAAUAUAACGAAGAAAGAGCUAAAAACAUGCCUAUACGAAUGUUUUCGUCCGCCAUGGCAAAUGUUUCGGUUACUUGCCGGAAGGCCGCUCGCAAGGGGGUAGAUUUUUUUUGCAAAUAAGCUAAUAUAAUUAUCUUUAAUGGGAAAUUUAUCAAACUUAAUUAUUUGUCUUAGUCUAUUUUUCAUCAUCAUCCCAAAAAAGUUAAUUUUUUUACCGUUACGUUAACAAUGAGAUCAGACGCUGUUUUGAGCCAAACCAUUUUGGUGAACAGAUGAUCGGGUUCGCGAAGCAUUUCCUCUACCGCCGAAUGAUGGUUACGCGCGUCGCACCUUCCACUUGGCUAUUGUCGGAUGACAACAUUGUUUAGGCAACGCCAACCAGUUAUGUCCAUGUUUUACCUGACAGUCUAAUGUGAUUGUAUGACUCCUGAGGGUGUGAGAUAGGAACCUGCGAAGGUCGGAGCUAAAUUUGACACUCCUCCCAGGCUGUGAACACACCGUUUGAAGUGAACAGUUUUACGUCUAGUGUUACUAGUCAGUAAAAGCAGAGUACCCUGUAAACAACUUAGCCGUUUGCUGCAUGCUUCAUCCCGUUAUCGAUGAUGCAAACUUUGCAAUCAGUGUACUCCAGAUUAUGAAUUUGCAAUGCGGAACACAAUGCGCGUUGCUUCUUGUUUCGACGCCAUUUUGAACAGAACUGAGCAUGCAUGAACAAAAAACUGGUAUAAAGAGAAUCAGAGCUUGUAUACUAACAUAUUUUUCUUAUGCAUCGCGUAAAAAAAUUGAAUAAAGCCGUGUAAAAAAGCGCGUACAUUCCGAAAACCGCGUAAAGUUCAAAAGCCGCGUGAAUUCUGAAAUCCGCGUGUGGAAACUUUAUUUGCUAAAGGUUUUUAAACAUUUCUGCUGAACCUACUUUAGAAAAAAUCAAUAGUAAUGUUAUUUCCGCCUGCGAAUCGAGCUGAAAAUCAAGAAAAAAAUAUGAAAAUGUUAAAUCAGUGAAUAUUCAGUAGUUGGAUUCAGUAAAUACAUUAGACACUCUACAUAAACGAUUUAAAAUGUAAAAAAUCAUUACAAAUAUUAGUGCAUUCACUCAUACUCUCAUUUCUCUAUGCAUUAUCUACACCAUCCAUCUAUAUCCACAUUCACAAAUUUCUUUAUUAAUGAUCAAAGCAAGCGGUCAAAAUUAAUAAGAAUGAGUAAUUAUUGGAUACAAAACAAAAAACUGCUUGACGCGGUCCUACGUAAACCAUGCGGUCGUGUCUCAGGCAUAAUCUCUUUAAUUGUUUUCGGUAAAAGAUGGAAAGGCACCGACGCAAUUGAUAAGGUUGUUGAUACGUUUCAGAACUUUGAAUGAUAACGCAUGGCAAAUCUCAUAUUUCUAUUGCAUUUUGGAAACGUAUCACAAUAGUAAACAUUGCUUUUGCGUUCAAGAAUGUAAUGUAUAGAACAUGGUGUUUCAGCAAAAAAACUUUUACUAUAAAUUGCAUACCUACUUGAUAAAAUGUGUACUUGAUAAGUUAAUAAACCGGCGAAUACUGUAUUAAGUUAUAUGGAAACCAUUCCUAUUCGUUUUCGUAUUCAACCCACCGGUGCAUACCGCACUUUUUUCUGGUGAAUAUGCAUUUGUGCACUUGCACAUACGAGCCAUUUCAAAGCGUUCUACAGACGAAACCGCGCGAUGCAAGACUCUAUUUUCUAGUGAAACUAACCAUUCGUAGCGGUUUAAGAAUAAAUUCUAUUUAAUUUUGCAACUUUUGAUUGAUCAGUAACCAAUUCGAGAAUGUAGCAUCGGUUUGAGUGGCCUAUAAAAUUGCGUACUCCACGUUCCAAGUCACUGGACGUAACGUGCAGCUUGUAAGCUAGUGUGUAGGAUGCUUAAAACCUGCACCUGCACUCGCCGUUUUUCGGAUUCCCGCAUCGGUUGCUAGGUAACGUCCAUUCGCUUGACCUUGCAUAAAAGAAUUACUUUUCGUUAUCCAGUCAAGCAACGCAGUACGUUGUCGGUUUUCGGUUAAAGGGAAAAAAUGGCUGCUGAGACGGAAAAUGUGGCCGAUCAGAUCAUUUCUACAAGCAGCCCAAAACAAGAAACGAUCGAGCAAUCAAAAAGUGCAUCCGACGAAGACUGUCAGAUUAAGUGUGCAAACUGUGACGAAAUAUUCUCCCCAGAUCGUUUCGAGGAACACGUUUGUGAGUAUGACGCGAGCAAAAGGCGUAUUGCAGCAAUAAACAGCGUGCUGGAUGGCCAUCCCUGCUUCAAACAGAUCGAGGAAAACAUCGAACAAUGGAAGCGGCUUACCCGGAGAGGAAAGACUGAAAGCGAAGCCGAAAAACGAAAUCGGCGUUCCGGAGCGAAGAAUUGUUUGCGGGAAACACAUGAUUGCUGCUAUUGCGAGCGGAAGUUUGUACAUGCGUCCGGUCUGUCGAGACACAAUGCAAACUGCCACUCGGAGCAACUUAAAGCGGACCCCAAACAGGCGUCGACAUCCGCUAAAGCAACUUCCGAACCCUUUAAAGUAUGCUUGAAGUGUUUGCAGUGCGGCAUGGUUUUUGGAUCGGUCAACAGAAUGAUGGAACAUUUUGAGAAGGUUGACUGGGAGUAUGAAUUCGAACAACAUGAUGGAAGUUAUAUGAACGAAGGCAAGCUUUUCUUGCGAAAAGCUACUCGGGUGGUAAUCCUGACGACUGUCUUUCAGUGUGAGUUCUGCGAGAAACAUUUCGCUGAUUUACCGAGCCUUUACCAGCACGAGUCGCUGCAUGAUCCGGCGACGGGAUACGAAUGUUCUCUCUGUGAAAUAAAGAUACAAUCCAUUAAGGACACUCUCUACCAUAGACUUAACGAGUGUGUUUUUCGAGCAACUUGGAAUGAGGAGUUUCAAAACUUAUCCAAAUAUUUUGUUUGCAACGUUUGUGAUGAAAUUUUUGCUAGCUUAGCUGCAUUAUACGAGCAUCGUUAUGGAAAUUAUCAUUUGUUCCCUCGCAUUACCAAAGAAAACAGCGAGUCUCCAGAGACUUUGAAAAUAAGCUGUGAACUUUGCGGCAUAACCUUCGACAAUGCCGAUUCAAUUUUUUUGCAUCACACCGAAUCGCAUGUGCCAAAGCGACCUACCACCCUAGGCAGUCGUCGUCAGCCGGUAGAGAAGCCAGCAGCAGCAUCGGAGAAUUCACCUCCUUCGUCCUCCACUAGGCCGUAUUUGUGUGAGCUUUGUGGAAAAACUUAUACCCAGUCGAGCCAUUUGUGGCAACAUCUUCGCUUUCACAACGGGAUUCGUCCGUUCACAUGUCCUGAGGAAGGAUGCAACCGAAGUUUUACUAUUCGACCAGAUUUGAAAGACCAUAUUCGCAAAUGCCAUACUGGGGAACGUCCGUAUCAUUGCGAUCUAUGCGACAAACGCUUUCUUACGGGAUCGGUGUACUAUCAGCAUCGUCUGAUUCACCGAGGUGAACGUCGGUAUGGUUGCGAAGAGUGUGGCAAACGUUUCUAUCGAGCUGAUGCGUUGAAGAACCAUCAAAGAAUUCACUCGGGUGAAAAACCGUACAGCUGUUCAUACUGUGAGAAGAACUUUCGUCAGCGAGGGGAUCGUGAAAAACACAUCCGGGUGAAACAUUCGAAUGCAGCAAGAAACUGCGGUAUAGAUUAUGCAAGAACACCAUUAUCGAGUCGUACUAAGGGCAACACCGGCAGAGGAGCAAAAAUUCCUCACAGACAGAAGCGUGGAACGAAGGAAAAUAACCGAACUGAUCAAGUGAUGUUCGUUGAUGAGGUGCCCCUUCCUGCGAGCUUAUUUCAACCUAUUUUAAACGAUAUUGAUAUGCUAUGAAAUGUUCUUUUGUUUUCAAGAAUUCCUAUAACCCUAAUAUAACUUAAUAUAUAAUGAGAAACACUCUACUACACCAACUCUAUCUAUAUUUAUUGAAAAGUUGUAAAUGUUAAAUUUUGAAUUCUGCAUAAUAAUGCCAUAUAACUAAUUUUGUGUUUUU